ACUGGAUCCAACUCAUCAUAAAAAUACUUGUACAACACAAGGACUAUUCCACACAAAUUGACAUCCUCUCUUAAUGAUCUACACCGAAAGGUGAUAAAACUGCAUAUCAAACCCCUGAAUUCCAUCGCAGUAUCACCUGCUCUUCUGCUCCAAUUGUCUUUUCUUCUUGGUAACACAAAUUGCCAAGCUGGCUGGCUGAAUUGCUUUAAUCGCCAGAGUCCAUUUUUAAAUAAUAGUUCUUAAAAAUGCAUGUAAAGCGACAUCUUAACAGGUUAUUUGGUUCGUUUAGAAGCACUGUUAAGAACAAACGACCCUUUGUCGGAGAAGCUGGUCAAAGCCAGUGGGAAUUGGUAGACCAUGAAAACGACCUCACUCCCAAAACAGAAGUGACACUUGCUCAGGUUGGACAACUAGGAAAAUUUGGUCAAGGCAGCCAGCUAGACUCACACAAAUCCGAAAACUACGUGAUCCCCCUACCUGCCAAAAUUGUCCUUUCGUCGGUACAAACUUUGCAAAAUGUCAAGAAACCCUCCCUUCUUAAACGGACCUGGUCAUCCCGAAGUAGAAAGAACGCUGCAAUACACACCACAUUAGAAGAAAAUCGUAUUCCUGAAUUUCUCAUUGAAGAGAAUCUGGCUGGUGUGGUGGAGGAAAUCAAUGCCACAAUUGGACUGAUGAACCAGUACACGCUGCAUAAUAGUUUGAACUAUAAUCCAUCCCUUGAUGUUAAUGGAUUCGCAGACACAACUUCAGCUAUCAAAAAUGAAAGCAAUGGCAUCGAAUAUUAUCCCAGAGAAGAUGAAUGUGACGACAAAUGGUGGGUUGUGGCAAACACCGAGUCAACACAUUCGUUCUCGGAUCCAAAUGAAUUUGAACCUCGAUGGGAAUGUUUUGAACAUGAUUUUAACAAAGGUCAAGACACGCAGGAAACAAGUGAUACGACGAUCACUGAAUGCACUCUUGAAGCCCAAGCUCCAGUUGAAGUGGACACAAAGACGUUUAUCGAAGCGAUGGAGGCAAAUAUUGUUUCCGCGAAUUUGACUUUAACCUUACCAGAGAUGGAAGAAAACAGAUAUCACUUCCACCUCCCAAAAGAGUCAACGCUCCGCCGUUCUGGAAGACGACUUUACAACAGGAUUUUAAGGAGGAAGCAAAGCGAAGUGGACAAGCAAGAUCCCAAGUUUUACGAUAAUAUUGAGGAAACCAAAUCCAUUGGUGCCAACCGUUCCAUCACUUUGACUGGUGGUUGGAUUACACGCUCCUUCAGGAAAAUUGUCAGAAGAAAAAAUAAUGUGGGCAAAGAGAUUACUUUUACUGAUUCCUACAAUCACAAUUCAACACCCCAGGAGUCGAGAAACAGUAUAAAAAGAAAUCAAAUUGCCGUCCUCAGCAAGGAUGGCCCAAUCAGUCGCAGGUUUAAGAAAGGAUUUCGUAGUUUUGGGAAAUCCAUGGCGGCCGCGUCUUCAGUAAUGCCGCUCCCAUGUGAGCAUCCGCACCCACAAGAUACGUCAUAUCCGCAAGUGUACUAUGAAGAUGAGGACGCAAUCUAUGAAUUUCGAAGGUAUUGCCAAUCACAAGAGUGGAAUAGGGUUCAAAAGGAACGAAAGUACCAAGUAGGAUAUUGUCAGUAAUUGUAUAAUUCAAUAUUUUGGGAGUGGUGGGCGCCAGAAUAGGACAAGCUUACGGGUCAAUCCCAUUGGUGAUUAAAUGGGUUUGGGGGCACAUAAUAAUUAGCAGUUUGUGUAAUAAUAAUAUAAUAAUUUAUGUAAUUUUGUUAUUGUGAUUAGAAUAAUAAAAAUUUCUACAUAUGUAUUUACUACGAA